CUACGGCACAAGGCAUAUCAUGCAUCCCAAAGACCACACAUAUCUUAAGACCUGAGUGAUACGGAAGCGAACAGUUCUCUUCUUUACCAUCUGGAACGUUAAAGAAAGGAAACGGAUUCUGGAGGAGCGGUGUUGAUGCUACUAGUGGCUCCAGAACCAAGUCGUGAGCGAUCCAGGUGAAAAAGGCAAGCGUGCUCGAGCAUAAAGCGCCGUGGUAAACGGUAUGCAAGUGUUAGAUGACGUACAUCCGGUUACAGUGAGUUGACAAGCUCCUGAUCCGCAGCUAGAGAGUAGGCAAACUUCAAAUUCUGCAAUUUGAAAGCCCCUACCCGCGAGCCCACUUUAUGAAAAUACCAGUUAACGGAAGUCACUAACAGGAGAUCGUAUACCGGCAGCUUUGCGGCCGGUAGUUUUGUCCCAUGCUGCGAGCGGUUCGCGGCUGGGUGUCAGGGCUCAUCGAGCAAACUGGCGCUCCGGCUGCUGCGCCAGGUGCUCCAGGCAAUCAACAAGAGCAAGCUAAUCCGCAAUCGACGCAGCCGCUACAACCCCUGACAGCGCAAGGACAGCCGCCAUAUCCUCAAACUGCGCAGGGACAGCUGCCCCAUCCUCAGAUCCAUGGCGAGUACUUUCGGCCUCAACAGCCGGGCCCCGUGAGUCCACCCCGUUGGCAUAACAACGGUGUUGCAGCCGCAGCACCCGCCUCCGCUGCGGGGCCUUCCUACCUGGUAUCGGCACGGAAGCCUAACAAGCGCCCAGCCAGCGAACUCCACCAAGACCAAGACACAGUUCCCUUCGGGGACCUCAGCCGCCACCCAGCAAACAACUACCAACACUACACGCCGGCCGCAGCCCCGCGGGCCGCAGGCUUAGACAGCUCCGAGUUUCGCUCAAGCAAGCGCCAUGCCGCCUCGGUCGGGCCGCACACGGGUCCAUGGUGGCUCAAGCCCGGCGGUGGCCAGGGCGGUCGUCGCAGCGGCGGUCCACAACUGCAGCCGCCAGCCACCGACUUCCGCCGGUCUUAUGGUUCGCCGCUAGAUGGCGUUAGGUUGGGUGGCCGGAAGCCGGCUGCCGCUGCUGCCGCUGGAGCCAUCGUGCCGGCGCAAGGCCCCCACGACUCGACAGCAGGGCAAAGCGGUAGCGCCGCUGGUAGCAGUGGCCAAGGGGAUGCGGAACUCACGCAGUGGCAGAGGGCGGUGCGCAUUACUGCUAGCUCGAUUCGACCAGCGCUUGGGCGGGCACCGCUGCCGCCGAUGGGAGCAAGGCGGCCGCUGAAGCGCUGGUAUGAGGUGGGAGACGAGGAGGAGGGCGACGAUGACGUCAUCCAGACGAUUGGCGGGCCGGCAGCGCAAC